CAAUGUGCAGACAAAAAUAGCGAGUAAUGAAAAGCCCAAGUUGUCUGAAUUCUGAUAUUUCUCCCCCAUCUCCUCUCGUUCUGUGCAAGCAGAGAAAUGAUGGGGAAAGAUCAGAACUCGUCAAUGAGCUCACCCUUGAUUCACAUAUCCGAAGAACAAGAAAACCGUAGAAGGAAUCAAAUAGCCGAGGAAUUAAAGAAGCAGCUAUGGCUAGCAGGGCCUCUGAUAUCGGUCAAUCUGCUACAGUACUGCUUGCAGAUGAUUUCCAUCAUGUUUGUGGGUCAUCUCGGCGAACUGCCUCUCUCCGGUGCUUCCAUGGCUGCUUCUUUUGCAUCCGUCACUGGUUUCAGCGUGAUGAUAGGGAUGGCUAGUGCUCUGGAUACAUUUUGUGGCCAAUCUUAUGGAGCAAAGCAGUACCACAUGCUGGGCAUCCAUAUGCAAAGAGCAAUGUUUGUUCUCUUACUUGUGAGCAUACCUCUUGCGGUCAUCUGGGCUAACACAGGAGAAAUCCUGAAAUUACUUGGCCAAGAUGCUAAAAUUUCAGCAGAAGCUGGGAAAUAUGCUCUUUUUUUGAUACCAAGCCUUUUUGCACAUAGUCUUGUUCAAUGCCUGAACAGAUUCUUACAGACCCAAAACAUUGUUUUCCCUAUGAUGAUGAGUUCUGGAAUAGCAGCUUUGUUUCACAUCCUUUUCUGUUGGGUUCUGAUAUUCAAAGCUGGGCUUGAAACUCGAGGAGCCGCCGUGGCAAACUCCAUCUCUUACUGGAUCAAUGCCUUGAUAUUGAUACUUUAUGUUAAGUUUUCUUCUUCAUGUUCAAAGUCUUGGACUGGCUUUUCAGCGCAGGCUUUUCACAACAUCCCAUAUUUCCUUAAACUUGCAAUCCCUUCAGCUGUCAUGGUUUGCCUGGAACUGUGGUCCUUCGAGAUGGUGGUUCUUCUAUCUGGGCUUCUAUCAAAUCCAAAAUUGGAGACAUCAGUACUUUCUAUUAGCCUCAAUACAGAUUUAACAGUUUGGAUGAUCCCAAUGGGUCUGAGUGCUGCGGCAAGCACGCGAGUUUCAAAUGAACUAGGAGCUGGCCGUCCCACCACAGCAAAGCUAGCAGCGUGUCUGGUUAUGACAAUAGCCGUUAUCGAGGGGCUACUACUUGGGACUGUCUUGAUUCUUGUACGUAAUGUUUGGGGUUAUGCUUAUAGCAAUGAACAAGAAGUGGUCAGAUAUGUAGCAGACAUGCUUCCCAUAAUUGCACUGUCCAGUUUUCUCGAUGGACUUCAAUGUGUUCUUUCAGGCAUUGCUAGAGGAUGUGGUUGGCAGAAAAUUGGUGCAUAUGUGAAUCUCGGAUCAUAUUAUCUUGUGGGAAUCCCAUCUGCAGUUUUACUAGCGUUUGUCUUGCACGUUGGUGGAAAGGUAAAAAUGAUAUUUUACAUAUGUCCUCUAAUUCUUACUGACCAUAAUUUUUCAAACCAUUUUCUAUUGAAAAUGGUCCUUAACAGGGGCUGUGGUUUGGCAUCAUCUGUGCACUCUUUGUCCAAACACUUUCUCUUGCUAUCAUUACAAUUCGCACCAACUGGGACCAAGAAGCCGAGAUCGCUACAAAGCGAGUACACGAUGCAAUAAUUCCAGUGAAUGUCGUCUCAUGAAACUGGAGUUUUCUUGGUGGAAAAGCUUUGUAAUCAAUUUCUCGAUACUCAAAAGUCUCAUUUUUUGCAAUACUGACUCUUGGACGAAAACUAGCCGAAGAUUUUUGCUCCUGAAGUUGGUUUCUCAGUUUUCACAUGUUUGGAAAUUAUUCCAGCUACCCACACCCACGAAGCUUUAUGCUCCCUUCCACCUUUUGGAAUUGAUAGAAAAUAAUUUCAAAUUCCAACAUUUUAAAUGAUGGAAAUGAUUUCGAAUUUCACUUGUGUUUAGAACCAAA